AUGGCAAUCCUGCGACAUUGGACUUUGAUUGCUGCUUGCUAUGCGUUAGUAACCCACUACGCAGUCGGGGCAUCUUCCCAUAGACAUGAUAAAACAUCUGAUAUGGAUGCAGAUGUAACAUACAUGUACAUAGUUGUGUCUGCAGCUGUAAUUGUUACCAGUAUUACAAUUAUUGCCAUGUGUAAUUGGUGCUAUGGUCAAAAGUAUUCGCCUUAUGAUGACACAUCUGGUAUAACACAGAAUGAGAUGGUAGUUGGGAAUAGUUACAUAGAUAUUGGUGAUUUGAGUGCCUUAAAUGUGGAUUCAUUAGAGUCAAAUGACCCUAUUAGAAUUGAACCCUUACCUGAUGUCAGUGUUAGAACACAUAAACCAAAUAGUACCGGGUCAUUAUCAACUGUAAGUGGAUACCUAUCUCAUCUACAACUACCAAGAACUCAGCUAAAUUAUGUUGCAGAAAUUGGAAGUGGAUGGUUUGGAAAGGUAUUGACUGGAGAAGCACACAAACUACAGACUGGACUGAAGAAAACUAAAGUAAUAAUAAAACAGUUGAAAGAUGAUGCCACUUCUGAUGAAAAGAAUCAAUUUCUUUUAGAAGUUCAGCCCUAUAGGUAG